GCACUCAAGCAACGACAUCCAGAAGCAGGAGCUGAACUUCAAGCCUUUGAAGCCAAGGCAGCCCCUCCAGUGCAGCAGGUGGACAAACCCAAGCUACGGCCAGAACUCCAGCGAGAACAUGAUCUCAAUCAGGCUGGGGUACAAGCGCGCAAGACAGCGGAAGCUCUUGAUCGUGCAAUCCGAUAUGAAGCAGAAUGCGAAUGUCGACCCCAAGGUGCUGCAGCAUACCGCCCCCAUCAACCUGUCCAAGCUGCUCAGCGCCACGGAGGAGACCGAGCUCCUGGAGAUUCUCAAGUUCGAGGACGGCGCCAACUUCGACAC